AUGCCAACCUUCUCAUCAGCCAGCACACUCAACCUGAAGUCGUACACAGCCGCAGCCAUCAACAAGAACAAAGCCAACCCCGAAGCAUGGACGAAGCCCGACUUGUUCAAAGACGUUGCGGACUCGUACCUGCAGGCGCAACUGCGCUUCCACAGCAUAGACUCGGCGGCCUACAAGAACGCCUUGGCCGAGGUAGACUCAACUUCCUGCGCAAACAUACCCUCCCCCUCCCCCUCCUUCCCUCUCUUAUCCUUCAUCCUCCCCCACGACCUAUCAUCUUACUCACACUACACCCUACGCCGAGGGCUCUAUCCAGAUCACCUCCCCCACCCUCCGCACCCACUUCGAGACGCACCAAGCCAAGGCGAAGAAGCAGCGUCGUCUCUCGUCGUCGUCGUCGUCGGGCAACCUCGACGUGCCGGACCCGCGGCGCUGCGGCCGCAUCGAGGAUCUGGACUACGGCCGGUGGUGGACGGACGUCGUGGCGGCGAACCCGGGCGUGAGGCUGGAUGA